AUGGCAAGCUACAAAGAUCAUGGUCGUGAUGUAGAUGCGGCACAAUCAGUCACGAGCUGUAGCUCCGACGGGAGCUCUGAUGACGAUGGCAACGCCGUCGAGGUCGUCUUUGACCCGGGAAACCCCUAUCGUCGAAAGAGCUCCAUGGUUGCCUCUGAGAUGAGGCAGCCUACGAUUCGCCGUUCGACCCGCCGCGACGAAUGUCUCGUUCACCAGUUCCUCGACAGCCAACGCCGAGCAAAGGAUGCAGCCAGCUCUGCCAGCGAUCCCGACUCGGAAUACUCGACGGGACAGGCCUCGACUGGGUACAUGGGCAACGUGCCGGACAUCAGCCUCACCACAAGUCACACCACAUAUGAUGGUGAUCAGGUUGAUCCCAGGGACCAGAGCCUCGAUGUCUUGGUGGACCCAAAGUCCAAUAAGAAGUGUCGAGCCGUUGUCGAAGAACCCGAUAGCAUGGAUCAUCUAUGCACUGGACAAGCUGACCAGCAAGCCUGGACGCAGCAGAUGACAAAGAGCCUCUCCAACCUAGACCUCACAGACUACGACGACGUGCGCAGCCGGCUGCUCACCAAGCAGCAGCUCAGCGACAUGGCCUGGGGCGUGCGGGAGCUGAGCCGUCGUCUGAGCAGCAUGCGCAUCCGGUUCCGCGUCAAGUCCAUCUUCCUCCUCACAAAGAUCUACGACCAGGACCUGAUCCCCAAGACGCGCGAGCUGACGCACUGGCUGCUUCACCACGACCGAGAGACCGCGUACACCGUUUACGUUCAGGACAAGCUCAAGACGAACAAGAGGUUUGACGUUAAGGGGCUCAUCGAUGAUUUGAGCAAGGGAUACGCCGGGUUGGGAGAGAUGGACGAGGCGGCGGCGCGCGAGAUGCUCCACAAGCGUCUGCGGUACUGGGACGAGCACAUGUGUCGGACACGACCGCACACGUUUGACUUUGUCAUCUCGCUCGGCGGCGACGGAACAGUGCUCUAUGCUAGUUGGCUGUUCCAGCGCAUCGUGCCCCCCGUGCUGAGUUUUGCGUUGGGGAGCUUGGGCUUUUUGACCAAGUUUGAUUUUGAAGACUACCAGCGGACACUCACAUCAGCCUUUACUAAGGGCGUCACAGUGAGCCUACGGCUGCGGUUCGAGGGUACUGUCAUGAGGAGCCAGCCACGGAAGCGGCCAGAGCUCGAAGACGGGGUCGGAGAGGAAGAUGAGGAAGAGCUGCACCGACAGCGCGACCUCGUGGAAGAACUAAUCGGAGAGGAGAGAGAAGACGAGCACACGCAUCGACCGGAUGGGACGUUUGAGAUUCUGAACGAGGUGGUGGUGGACCGAGGGCCCAAUCCAACCAUGUCGUACACCGAGAUCUUUGGCGACGACGAGCACUUCACCUCGGUGCUCGCCGACGGCAUCUGCGUGUCGACGCCUACUGGCUCGACGGCGUAUAACCUGGCGGCUGGCGGCUCGCUCUGCCACCCGGAGAACCCCGUGAUGCUAGUCACGUCCAUCUGCGCGCAUACGCUAUCGUUCCGACCCAUCAUCCUCCCUGACACGAUCGUUCUACGUAUCGGAGUACCGUACAAUGCGAGGACAGCGUCGUGGGCCAGCUUUGACGGCCGCGAACGUAUCGAACUCAAGCCGGGCGACUACGUCACCAUCAGCGCGAGUCGGUAUCCGUUCGCUUCGGUACAGUCUGAAGGACGGCGGAGCGAGGACUGGGUGAAUAGCAUCAGUGGGAAGCUCGGUUGGAACACAAGACAGAAGCAAAAGAGCUAUAAGGAAUGGGACAAAUGA